AUGAGGGUGUUCAAAUUUCUAUCAAGAGCAGUGCACGAGGAACAAGAAGAAAGUGAGCAUGUUGAUGGGGAGAGAAACAAGUACCUUAUAACAGAAGCAAGUUUGUGCACAUCCCUAACAGUUUGGAGAAAAUCCCUUCUACUUAGUUGUAAGGGAUUCACCGUGAUCGAUUCAUAUGGAAACCUCGUGUAUCGUGUUGACAAUUACAUCCUGCAUCCCCACCAACUCAUUCUUAUGGACGCUUCCGGAAAAUGUGUCCUCACCGUGCGCCGCCAACGCAGGUUUGGAUUAGUAGAUAGCUGGUUCGUGUAUAAAGGGGAAAUGGGGGAUCAGCGUACGAGGAGUAAGUUCGGUGAGUCAAGUGAGAGUCCAUUUUGUUGUGUAAGGAAGCGAGUGAAUAUAUUAAACGGCAAUCCCAAGGUUCAGGCUUGCGUGUACCGCGUAGCAUCAGAUUCUGAUAAACGACAUACGGUGUUUACCGUUGAAGGUUCCUAUGCGCAUAGGACAUGUAAGGUGUUGGAUGAAUGCAAAAGGGCCGUAGCUGAAAUCAAGAGGAAGGAGGCCAAUAGCAAAGACGUCUCUUUCGGGAUAGAGAUUUUUCAGUUAAUUGUUCAUCCCGGGUUUGAUCCUGGCUUUGCCAUGGCACUCGUUUUAUUACUGGAUCAAAUGUUCUCAUAA